GAUGCGCACUGCGCAUUCGGGCAAGAUGGCGGCGUCGGCGGGAGCCGGUGCUUGUGGACGGCCGGUGUUGGUGCUGAUGGCGCUGCAGCUGCUGCUGUGGUCGACUACGUCGUCGCGGGCGGAGCGGAGUUUGGUCAAAGUUAUCACGGACCACAACUGGAGGGAGAUGCUGCAGGGCGAAUGGAUGGUGGAGUUUUAUGCCCCCUGGUGUCCAGCCUGUCAGCAACUUCAGGCGGAGUGGAAUGCGUUUGCAGAGUGGAGUGAUGAUUUGGGUGUUAAUGUUGCCAAAGUGGACGUAACGGAGCAGCCAGGUCUGAGUGGUCGAUUCAUUAUUACAGCUCUUCCCACUAUAUACCAUUGUAAGGAUGGAGAGUUUAGAAAGUAUCAAGGUCCUAGAAUGAAGAAUGACUUUAUUGACUUCAUCGAUGGAAAGAAGUGGGAAAGCAUCGAACCAAUGUAUUCAUGGUUACAACCAUCCUCCAUUUUAAUGACCAGCAUGUCAGCACUAUUCCAGCUGUCUAUGUGGAUCCGUCACUGUCAUAAUUACUUCACUGAAGAUAUUGGCAUACCUGUUUGGGGAUCGUACAUCAUUUUUGCUUUGAUGACUCUGUUUUCUGGUCUGGUGCUUGGAUUGAUUCUGGUCUUUGUGGCAGACUAUGUACUACCAUCGCGAAGAUACAAACAUCAGCCUCAUUGCUCUGAAAGGAAAACGCCAGGAAGCAAGCUGUUGCAGUCGAAAGAUGGACAUUUGCAAGAUGAGGCUAAUGAAGAUGAUCAAUGUUCUCAUGAAAGGAAGAGCAGCAGUAAAGGAUUGGAGAAGACUCUGGUGAAAGAUUAUGGGGAUGAUAUACAGGACACUGUAAGAAAACGUACCUUGGAAUACACCAGCAGAACUGAUGAUUCCUGAUUCUAGGACAGAGUGACGUGAAAGGUUUCUUGUUCCUGCUCAUCCCUCAUUGCCUGCACCAGAAUUUCGAUUUUGAGGUUACUUAAAUGUGCUGUUAUUUAAGUCCUUUCCAUAAUGAAAAUGUGUGUAUGCUUACAAAACUAUUCAUUUACAAGAAUAUAUAUGUAUCUAAAUGUAAUAACAAACAGCUCAUCUAAUCCCAGUAGUGUAAUUUAACAAUCAAAUGAAAAUAAUCAUUGUAGCUUAAAUUAAAUACAUUCUCUGGUUUCCCCCUUUCAUAUUAGUUUGAAGGACAGGAACUUAUUUUUCUAAAAAUAUUUGAUGUUGAAAUGCAUAGAUCAAGGUAGCCUUUACUGUGCUGGAAGUCAUGAUAAUGGACUUUGAUUUCACUAUCCCCUUGGGAAUGGAGGAGAAAAAUUGUGGGAUUAUUACCCUGGGGUAAUAAAUCUGGAGAAGCUUUUUACUUGACUGUUCAGGAUCAGUUAUGAUCAAUGGACACAAAUUGUUGAAAGACUGGAGCUUGAACCAAUAUGCUUCACUGAGUGUGCAGGGAGGAUCAUUUGAUCUGGUAAAAAGUUUUAUCAUUUAAUCAGAAGAAAAUAAAUGUUUAAAGACCAAAUAUUUCAUCAUUUUUAAAAAUUAUUUAGCUUCUCAUUUGGACACCUUUUAGUUUUCAAAAUACUUUGCAAUGUGAGGAUGGUGUGCAUUUUCAUUUAAUGGUAAGGAUUUAUUUUACAUGGAGAGAAAUGAGUUUACAAAGUUUUUUGUGUACAUAAAAUGUUUAAUUGUGGAUAUCCUAUUUUGCAUAUUUGUGGAUUAUCCUUAAAAUAUUCUAUUUUGCAUUGAAGUGCUAUAUUUAAAUCUGGUUUGAAACGUUCAAUUUUAUGAUAAAAAUUCUGCAUGCUAAUGAGAGCCAUUGCUUUGUGGACAGGUUUUACAAAUUACACUUACAGUUGUAUGGACCAUGCACAUCUGCAUGAAAUGUUGAAUUUUACACUGUACCUUUGCUAUUAUAUGCCUGCGUAUAUGGCCACAGAUAAAUAUAGCUGCCAAAGACGGGUACAAGCCUUUUAAUUUAUUUUGUUUCUUUUUUGAUGGAACUGGAAUAACACAUUCUAAUGUCCACUAAUUACCAAGUUUGAGAACAUGUCCAAACACAUUUUUGGCUUGUAGUAUUUUGAGUAGGGGUGGGGAGAAUGUUUCGAAACGGAAUUAAAGAAAAUUAGUAAAUAGUUUUGUUCUAGAGAAAUUGUACAUUUGUAGAUGAUGCCUAACACAAAAUAUGAUGUUGAGUUGACUUGUCUUUUUCCUAACUGUUUGUGUUGAGAUUGUAAGUUAUUUGUGUCCAUAAUUCAUAUAAAGCCAUUUCUUUCAAUGGUUUAUUUUGCUCUACUUUUUAAAUCUGGAUGUAAAAGAUUGUACAACUAUGAAUACAAAUUAUUUCUUAAUUACUGUGGUCCAAUUGUAGUGCCUCAUUGUCCUGGAAAAUCUACUGGCACAAUGUGUAUUUUUAAUCCAAUUUAAAUUAUAAAAUAUUAUGACAUGCCCAAGGUCCUUUGGUGAGGUCUAAACACGAUAACAUUUGCAACCAUUUGGUCCAAAGUAAUUUACAGUGAUGAAGUUCACAAAAUGGAUCUUUGAUUGGUCUGGCAAGAAUAACCUCUGAAAAGUUGUGUCCCUUCUUGAAGAAAAAUGCAUAUACGUUAGAAUCUGUGGGUCAUUCACUUUCAAAAUAUGUUUAAACCUAAAUACCAGGCUAAGAAUAAACUCAUAAGUAUUGGCUGUUGAAUAGCCUUCCCUCUGUAUCCUCAGUGAGAUGGAAAGUGCUGAUGUUGUGACAUUAGCUACUGCCACAACUGCUGUGUUGAAUAAUGAACUUGGAGGCUUUGCUUAUUGAAGUUAUCAGGGGGAACCUACAUUUACUGUUAACGCAUUUUGGUUUGGCAAAAUAUACAAGUUAAAUCUAAAGUUUGUAAGUAAAAAUGACUUACAAUGUACUUACAAAAAAAAAUUUUUUUGGCUUAACAUAUUAUAACGUCUAUAAUAUGCUUUGUGGUCUUCAUAAUAUUUUUGAGACUGCGGCCAGUUUCACAUGCUAUGCUGUAUACUGCUUCUGCAGCCUGUCCUUUAAGUUCCAGGAGCAGUUCCAGGAGCAGCUAUGGGGUACAUACUUUGCCCCUAGUUUUAUGGAAGAAAGUGUAGACACUGCCUUGGUUCAAUAUUUAACUUUUCACGUAAACACCUUGCAAAUCCUAGUCUACCAUGAAUCAGUCGGUAUUUACAGGGAGAACUGACCAAUGCUUCCAGUCAAGAUCUCUGUCAGAAUCAAAGUAUUUUGAAACUUGGAACAGAAUAUGGGAGAAGAGAGAGCUGCAAGCAUUAUUUGACAAGAUGCUAAAUGGGAAAAUUAAUUUAAACUCAUUUCAAGGGCUAUUGAACAGAGACAAUUGGAAGCAGGGUGGGAGAAAUAAAACAUUUUGCAAGUGCAUGAAAAGCGAGAGGGAUUUAGAGGAGGAAAAAAAAAAACUGACAGAAUGAAACAUGCUGCACAUUUCGGGGGCUUGAGAAAAGAAUUAGUCAACUAUGCAUCCAGUUGAAAAUCAAAUGGGAAGUUAAUAACCACAUUCAAAAUUCCAAGUAUGAAGAUAGCAAACUGUUUCUCUUGAAUGCAAGACCUUGAAUGCAACUUGCUGAGCAGCAGUUAAUUUGUAAUAUUUUGUAUGAGAGCAGAGUUGAAGUGUUUAAAAAAUGAUAAUCUGUACUGUGUUUAGUUUCCCAAAGUUGCACAACACCGUACCAAAGCUCAUGUUUGUAUAAUUUAAAGUGCAGGUAAAUAGCUGUCUCAUUAAUUACCGAUUUGUUGGUUGCUAAAAAUUAAGUUUCCACUUGUUCCGUUGUACCCUAUCAUUUUAAGUCUCUUGGAAUCUGCUUGAUAAUGCAAUGUGCAGAUAUCUCUCUAGAUGGCACUAGAGUGUUGCAUUGAUAAACUUGGCGUAAAGUCAGUCAGAAAUUCUCACUACAAAUAUGAGAAUUUCACAUGGUUCUAAAUAGCAUUGUAUCUUCAAUAAACAAUUUGUGCUUUAAUAAA